AUGGAGCUCCAGGACCUCAUUAAGAACAACACUCAGCCAGACCUGUGUGGUGCCACAGACUGGAGUUCAGCAAGGCCUGACCAGGCAGAUGCAGCAACCAUUCGAGCUUCUUAUUGCUAUGAGAAACACGGUAUGUCCACACCCAUGGAAGGAUCUAGAUUUAGCCUUUCUCCAGAAUCCUCAAACCCUUUGCAAGGCAGUGCUGUUCAGCCGAACUUCUUCCCACCAGUACCUCUUGACUCAGGGAACAACCAAGUAACUGAAGAACGGAAAGUGUGCAACUGCUGCAGCCAGGAAUUGGAAACUUCUUUUACCUAUGUGGAUGAGAAUGUUAACUUGGAGCAACGGAGCCAGAGGUCCCCUUCAUUAAAAGGGAGCCAUAACCCUGGAGAACAGGGCUGGGGUAAUCCGAAUGAAUGGUCCCAGGAGGCUGCUAUAUCUUUGAUAUCUGAGGAUGAAGACGAUACAAGUUCAGAAGCCACGUCUUCAGGGAAGUCAGUGGACUAUGGUUUCAUCAGCGCCAUCUUGUUUUUAGUCACUGGCAUUUUGCUGGUGAUCAUUUCUUACAUUGUCCCACGGGAAGUGACAGUAGAUCCCAACACAGUAGCAGCCCGGGAGAUGGAACGUCUGGAAAAAGAGAGUGCAAAGCUGGGGGCUCACCUGGACCGUUGUGUGAUUGCUGGGCUCUGCCUCCUCACACUUGGGGGAGUCGUUCUGUCCUGUUUGUUAAUGAUGUCUAUGUGGAAGGGUGAACUCUAUCGUCGGAACAGAUUCGCCUCUUCCAAAGAGUCUGCGAAACUCUAUGGUUCGUUCAACUUCAGGAUGAAAACCAACACUAAUGAAAAUACCCUGGAACUCUCUUUGGUAGAAGAAGAUGCUCUUGCUGUUCAAAGUUAAUUCUGCUCAUGAACAUCAGGAGAAUUUGCCUAGGCAUUAAGGAAAAAUAACAAUAGCUUUCUCCAAGUUCAUAGUACAGUUUGUUUGCCUGGCAAGAUGAGUUCCUUUCAAAAAUCAACAGCCAGUGAAUGGGUUUUUGUUGGUUUGUUUGUUUUGUUUUUGUUCUCCAUGUAUCUUCUAUUUAGAACAACCAGG